CGAUGGUGAUAAAAAAGAAUCCGUUGCAGAUUUUAUAGAAACCCAAAGAAAGGAAAGUACUCGAAUUUUCUCUUAAUAACUGCAAAUAUUUUAUUUUUAUAUUUAUAUGAUAAUUUAUUAUUUUUCAUUUUAAUUCGCUUUCUCUGCGUGCAAGCUUUAUAUAUAACUAACAUCUGAUCAUCUCUCCUUACUCCAAUUUCAUCAUUGCCACUCUCUCUCUCUCUCUUUUUCCAUAUUUCUUUCUUUCAAGACUAUUAUACUUUGCUGCUUUAUAUAUUUAAAGAGCUGCCCUUCUUCUCUCACUUUGCAUGCUCUCUUUCUUUCUACUUUCUUUGAAUCUCUCUUUUCUUAACUACACCAAUAGAUUGAGUUUCAAGAAAGACACUGUUUAUCGCCCAAAAACAACAAGGAAAGAAAGAAAGGGUUUGAUUUGGUUUCUUGCAUGGAUGGAUCCUUCUAGCGGACAACACCAGGAAAUUCCUACACAUUCAUUGGAGAAUAUGUUGGUUUGCUCAAAACCACAUCAAGAAAGAAAACCAAGACCACAACCAGAACAAGCUCUAAAAUGUCCAAGAUGUGAUUCUACCAACACUAAAUUCUGCUACUACAACAAUUACAGCCUUUCUCAGCCAAGGUAUUUUUGCAAGUCAUGCAGAAGGUACUGGACUAAAGGAGGAACCCUGAGAAAUGUUCCAGUAGGUGGAGGUUGUAGAAAGAACAAAAGAUCAACAAAGAAGGCACAAGAUCAUCAUCAAUUGAAUCCUCAUACCAACCCACUUACUGGUCUCCCCCCUUUAAGUUAUGAUUCCAAUGACCUUACUCUUGCCUUUGCUAGACUUCAGAAGCAGUCUAGUGGGCAGUUAGGGUUUGAUGACAAUGAUUUCUCUAUUUUGGGAAACCCCAGCAAUGCCCACUGUGAUAUAAUGCUUGGGAACCCUAACAGCAUUAACACUUCAGCUUCAACUCCAUCAUUUCUUGAUGCUUUAAGGAGUGGGUUUCUUGAUACCCAAAAUAACAACUUUCAGAAUUUGUAUUAUGGGUAUGGAAAUGGGAGCAUUGAUGAUGUGGAAAAUAGUGGAGGGGUUUGUGUUAGUGGAGAAAUGAUGUUGCCUUAUGAUCAUCAAGAUGUAAGUACUAGUGCAGCCACACAAGCUGUGACAGUGACAACACUGAAGCAAGAGUUUUGCAAUGGUAGAGAAGAUCAUAACAGCAAUAAUAAUAAGGUCUUGUUUGGCUUUCCCUGGCAGAUAAAUGGUAAUGGGAUCAGUGAUCUUGAUUCAGGAAGAGAAAGCUGGAACAAUCAUGGACUUGGUAAUUCAACUUGGCAUGGACUUAUCAACAGUCCUCUAAUGUAGUAGAACUGCAGCAGCUUAAUUAGCUAAGAAAGAAAAAAGAAAAAAGAAAGAAGAAAAAGAAAGAAGAACCUGCAAAACCCCAAGAACAAGAAUAGAGUUUUCUUUUCUUAUUAUUAGACUCAAAAUCUCAGUUUUUAGGCUCUUGAGUUUUGUGUUUUAGAAGAUUUGAUUCCACUGAAUCGUCUCUAUCUUAAAUUUUUCUUUUUUUUUUUUUUCUUUUUUUCCCUCUCUUGUUUCCUUUUAUUGUUUUUUUCUUUUAUAUAAAUAUACUAAUGAAAAUUUGUUUGCUAACCAA